CCGGUCGGGGGCGGUGGAAGAGCGAGUGAGGAGAGCGCGACGGCGGCGGCGGCGGCGCAGCCAUCGCUGGACGGCCAGAGGGAAAGCGAGGCCCGAGCCUCUGCGUCUAGUUUGAAGAAGAAAAAUGGCAAUACAAAGAAAAAUAUUUUUUUAAUUAGGUAAUCAUUUUGAAGCAAACUGCAGGAUUUGCCCUACCGUCAAAACAUACUGAAUCUAAUCUCUUAAAUGGAAAGAGAGGAGCCUUGGUCAAAAUGGUCUCAAUCCCAGAAUACUAUGAAGGCAAGAAUGUUCUGCUCACUGGAGCUACUGGCUUCCUAGGAAAAGUGCUUCUGGAGAAGUUGCUGAGGUCUUGUCCAAAGGUGAAUUCAGUAUAUGUUUUGGUGAGGCAGAAAGCUGGGCAGACCCCUCAAGAACGAGUGGAAGAAAUCUUGAGUGGCAAGCUGUUUGAUCGAUUGAGAGAUGAAAAUCCAGAUUUUAGAGAGAAAAUAAUAGCAAUCAACAGUGAACUUACUCAACCUAAACUGGCUCUUAGUGAGGAAGAUAAAGAGGUCAUCGUAGAUUCUACCAAUAUUAUAUUCCACUGUGCAGCCACUGUAAGGUUUAAUGAAAAUUUAAGAGAUGCUGUUCAGUUAAAUGUGAUUGCUACAAGACAGCUUAUUCUCCUUGCACAACAAAUGAAGAACUUGGAGGUGUUCAUGCAUGUAUCUACAGCAUAUGCCUACUGCAAUCGAAAGCAUAUUGAUGAAGUAGUAUAUCCACCCCCUGUAGACCCCAAGAAGCUGAUUGAUUCUUUAGAGUGGAUGGAUGAUGGCCUAGUAAAUGAUAUCACACCAAAAUUGAUAGGAGAUAGACCUAAUACGUACAUAUACACGAAAGCGUUGGCAGAAUAUGUUGUACAACAAGAAGGAGCAAAGCUAAACGUGGCGAUUGUAAGGCCAUCGAUUGUCGGUGCCAGUUGGAAAGAACCUUUUCCAGGAUGGAUUGAUAACUUUAAUGGACCAAGUGGUCUCUUCAUUGCGGCAGGGAAAGGAAUUCUUCGAACAAUGCGUGCCUCCAACAAUGCCCUUGCAGAUCUUGUUCCUGUAGAUGUAGUUGUCAACACGAGUCUUGCGGCAGCCUGGUAUUCCGGAGUUAAUAGGUAUAUGAGACCAAGAAACAUCAUGGUGUACAAUUGUACAACAGGCAGCACUAAUCCUUUCCACUGGGGCGAAGUUGAAUACCAUGUAAUUUCCACUUUCAAGAGGAAUCCUCUCGAACAGGCCUUCAGACGGCCCAAUGUAAAUCUAACCUCCAAUCACCUUUUAUAUCAUUACUGGAUUGCUGUAAGCCAUAAGGCCCCAGCAUUCCUGUAUGAUAUCUACCUCAGGAUGACUGGAAGAAGCCCAAGGAUGAUGAAAACAAUAACUCGUCUUCACAAAGCUAUGGUGUUUCUUGAAUAUUUCACAAGUAAUUCUUGGGUUUGGAAUACUGACAAUGUGAAUAUGUUAAUGAAUCAACUAAAUCCUGAAGACAAAAAGACCUUCAAUAUUGAUGUACGGCAAUUACAUUGGGCAGAGUAUAUAGAGAACUACUGCAUGGGAACUAAGAAAUAUGUACUGAAUGAAGAAAUGUCUGGCCUCCCUGCUGCUAGAAAGCAUCUCAACAAAUUGCGGAACAUACGUUAUGGCUUCAAUACUAUUCUUGUGAUUCUGAUCUGGCGCAUUUUUAUUGCAAGAUCACAAAUGGCAAGAAACAUCUGGUACUUUGUGGUUAGUCUGUGUUACAAGUUUCUGUCAUACUUCCGAGCUUCUAGCACUAUGAGAUACUGAAGACCAAGAAUUUAGCAUUAGAACAUCUAUCUAUGUAUAUGGUGGUCUAAAUGCGCAAAAUGUAAAAUGUACUUAAGUCAUCUCACCUUUUGUCAAGACAUUAAACCAUCUUAGAUUGGAGUAUGGAGUAAAUUAUGGUACAUUUUAUGUAACAUUUUAAUGUUUAUGCUCAUGAAACUUAGUGAACACACUGUGGUAUGCCAGCUCAAAUUUACAGUUGCCACCAAAACCGUGACUUAACAUUUUGAUCCUUGGAAGAAAGAAGUAGAGAUGAGAGCAGGGUGGAGAAUAGGAACACUGACCAGUAUAACUGUGCAAUUCUGGAACAUAUUAAUCAAAAUAUGCCUUAACAGAUAGUGAAUUUCUAAUUCAAAUAUUCACUGCAAUGGAAAGCAUCUAUUUGAACAGGGAUACUAGAUAAGUUGGUAGAUAGUUGACUCUUCAAUGUUUGAUUUUUUGUCUGCUAAAGUGGGUUUCAGUUUUGUUAAAAUUAUAUUCAGACUAUUUUCACAUCAUCCUCUAAGUUAUUGAGUGUAUAAAACAUGACAGACAUGUUCUCAUUUUUUGUUUUCUGCUAAACAUCUGGUGCAUAUCAUUUUUCUGUAAGCAAUUGGUUACUGUCCUAAUCUGAAGGCUGCCUAUUAUUCUGAAGAACCUACUUGCUCUAAAUGGGUUUGAGAAUCUGUAUGAAUAUGUGCUAAGUGUUUUUUAAAGAUAAGUAAAAAAAAACAGUCCAACUGUUAGUAUCAGAAGGAAUAGGAAUACAUUUUUCUUGUCCACAUUAUGAUCAGACAAGAACUAGUCCUGUGAUGUUGUGUUGAUGUUUUGAAGCAGGAAGAUUUCUUGUAAGAAGUGGGAGUGGGGACUGAGUCACCAUAGCUGUGCUCACUUCCCUUUUUAAAUUUUACUCAUAGGACUCUUAAAAGACAUGUGGUGUCUUCUAAAUGAAAUCUGAAGGUACAUUGUUACUGAAGAAUGUAUUUGCAGGUAGUAAUGACAGUAAGAAAAUGUCCUCGUGUGUAAACACAUACUAAUUUUGACCUUGAAAGCUGAAUUCCUUCAAGAAAAAUAAAAUAAUGAAUAAAUACUGUGUAUAAAAUUAAAUAAAGGACUUUAUUUACAUACCACAUAAAAUAGCAAGCUGUUGAAUGAGUUUGAAGAUACCAUUUAUUUUUUCUGCAUGUGGCUUUAGCUUUAGAAAGAAAUGCAUUAUAGAAACAAAUAUAGCAAGAAAUUAAUGUAUAUUUUAAU